AUUUUGAUCCCCCAUUCCAAACGUGAGUACCCCAAACCGCUGAUGCUUGGACACGCUCUGUGCACGCACUUUUAUUACUGCAUCUGUUCAGCGUGUCGACUAUAGUUACUCAUAAUAUUAUGAUAUAAAAUAUGUUGUUGUAAACGCAGGUGUUAUCUCGAUUAUAAUUACAAAACUAACUGUAGCUUUUAUUUAAUUACUUUUGAGUAUCGCAAUUUCGUUUGAUUUGUUAGAGGCGAUCGAAAUUUGCAUAGUAAGCCUCUGUGCUGUUAGGUUGAAUUUGUAGAGAAGGCGUUGGAGGUCAUCUUCGCUCUCUGCCGUCAAGACAGCAUCGUCUCCGUAACGGAAUAUUCUCAGGCGGUGGUUGUCAUGAGGGCCUCACUGAAAUAUUCAAGGUCAGACCAAGAUUUUUAUUGCGGUCAGCGCCACCUACUGCUGUUCACAACGCAACUCACUCAUAAAUGAACUGAACAUCCCCGAGAGGGCGGCAUGACCACGAUUACAGCGUGGGUGCUGAUAUCAAAAACGCUGCUUUGCAGUUUUUGCGAGACGUCUUUCUGGUAUCAGAGAAAAGCGUUGUUUCUUGUGUCGGUCGGUGCAUGGUGUCGACUUCCUAGAAAUGAAAAUUUGAGAAGCAUUUGGAUCAGGCGGGCGAGAUGUGAGGAUUUAGUGGCAAAAUUGAAAUUUCGCAGUGUAUUUAUGUGCUCUAGACAUUUCCACGUUGUGUGCUUCAAGGCAAACGGUAGAUUUUUACUAAAUUGUCUCCCAACAAAAUACCUCCCAGGUUUCCAAGGUGCACCUUCCAUAGAGAAUAGCUUCUAUCGAGAGAGUAUACCAUCUGCCAGGGGAUGUGUAACUCCCGAGAAAAAUCAAGAUGGUGUUUGUAUGGUAGAGUCCAACACGAUUUUGACCCAUACGAGUCCGUUGGAGUCCGUCAUUAAGCCAGCCAAGGUAUAUCCUGGCAAAAGACGCUUGGUGCAACCAAUAGCCGAAAUAUCGCCACAGUUCCGGGCUCCAAAGACACUCUUUCCAGGGAGAGCAGCUCAAAUCACUCAGCUCGAAUGGCAUCUGAAUUAUGUACACCGAAAAAAUGAAAUUUAUAUAUGAUUGUAUUAAAAUGAAAGUAUUUUAAUAA